AUGGCGCCUUCAACCUCGUCUCACAGGAUAGACCUGAGCUCGGCGCCCCCUGUCUUCGUCCUUCAGAGUCACUUACAGCCCGAGGAACUUCACGAGACAGAGGACUUGAUCUACCAGUCAGGAGGCCACAUAACUUACGAUGCGAAGGAAGCGAGACUGUUCGUAGGUCGCGUCGCGCGGAAAACGCGCGCUGCCUUUGACCUGCGGGUUCAAGGGGUUUGGACUGAGGAUUCAGCCUUGCCAGAGCAUGGCCGGAAUGGCAAUGGCAACAACCAUCCACCCGACGAAGGCCCGCCGAAGAAGAAAGCGCGACUCUCGAGCGAUCAUGGCGCAGGUCCUUCAACGAUACACAGGCAGGCCAGCUCGAGCACCGUGUCGGCCUCUCCAGAACGCUCUCCGCAAGAUGCGGCCCGUUCCCCUGAAGUCAUCUGGCCAGAUCUGUCCAACCAUAUCAUCGUCGUCAAACUUGCCUGGCUGGAUGCAUGUUCAAAGGAGGGCAAGCUGGUCCCAUACAAGCCUUACGUCGUCUACACCGCUAAAAUUGUCCCCAGGCCGGAUGGGGAGACGACGCCGAAAACGUCCCCGACCCAUACAACCUAUGCCAAAGUCGGCUCAACCACAGCAUCUCAAGCAUCAUCACCCAGUCGCUCAUCUAGACCCGACCCCUCUGCGAUCCUCGAGCGUGCCAGAGCUGAAGCCGCAAGUCUUCCCGCCCGGCGCCGCCGCUGGGGCGACCAUGGUCACGACUCAUCGUCAUCGCAACAUCACAAAGCCCCUAAACUCCACCGCACGACUACCUCCGAGAUGGAAUACAUCGCCGCACAUCCCUUACCGCCGCUCCCAGAUUGGGCUACGGGUCCCUACGCGCACUACUCCUGCUGCCGGUCGACAUUCCUGACGACGCCCAACUCAGCCUUCAUCUCCCAGCUCACCAAGAUCAAAGAUGCGCGCCUGUUGAGGCUCGACGACGUCGGCGUCCGCGCAUAUGGCACCUCCAUCGCCUCCAUCUCCGCCUACCCGCACCGCAUCGAGCACGCCGAAGAAAUCACCCGCCUCCCGGGCUGCGAGCAGAAGAUUGCGUCCCUGUGGCGCGAAUGGCAGGACUCCGCGGCCACGGACGAGGAGCGCCACAUCCAAGAAGUACAAGAACUCGACGCCGAGCCAGACCUCAACGUAUUACGCCUCUUCUGGAACAUCUGGGGCGUGGGCGCCGAGACCGCGCGGCGAUUCUACUACGACCACGGGUGGCGGGAACUAGACGACAUUGUCGAGUUCGGGUGGCAGUCGCUCACGCGCGUGCAGCAGAUCGGGCUCAAAUACUGGGACGACUUCGCGGACAAGAUCCCGCGGGCCGAGGUCAAGGCCAUCAACGACGUGAUUCUCCAGCACGCACGCCGCGUUCUCAAGAUUCCCGAGGACAAAUUCGGCACGAAAGACGACGUCGAGUGCGUUAUAGUAGGGGGAUACCGUCGCGGCAAGGCCCUCUGCGGCGAUGUUGACGUGGUGGUCUCCCACCGCGACGAGUCCAAGACCAAGGACCUAGUGGGAGAAGUGGUCUGCUCGCUCGAGGACGCAGGCUAUAUCACGCAUACAUUGACGUUGCACACGACGACGAGCGACCGCGGGCAGGCGACGUUGCCGUACCGCGCCCAACAACACAGGGGCCACGGGUUCGACAGCCUCGACAAGGCGCUGUGCGUGUGGCAGGACCCGGUGUUCGAUGAAGGCGACCGUGCCGCUGCAGACGAUGCGGGAGCCGGAGCUGGAGAUAAACGUGAAAGUGGAAGUGAUCAUCACGAAAAAGCAAGUAGGAAGCAGAAGAACCCCAACAUCCACCGGCGCGUCGACAUCAUCAUCUCCCCCUGGCGGACCGUCGGCUGCGCCGUCCUCGGCUGGAGCGGCGGCACGACCUUCCAGCGCGACAUCCGCCGGUUCGUGGCCAAGGUCCACGAACUAAAAUUCGAUUCCUCGGGCGUGCGCAACCGCGGGAACGGCCGCGUGUUGGAUCUCGAGGGACCGAGACCGAGGCUGAGGUUGCACAACAGGCCCGGGCCCGCGUUGUCGCCCACCAACGACGCCGACGAGGAUACAGACAAAGACAACGACAAGCAGAAACAGAUACAGGUGGCGCGAGAGAAAGAGGUGAUUGAGUCGUUGUUGCAGGGCACGCCGAUUGAGAAGGACGAUGAGCGGUGGAAGGGCAUGGAGUGGGAUGACGCGGAUACGUGGUGGGAUAGGGAGAGGAGGCUGAUGGAAGGGUUGGGCAUUGGAUACAGGCCCGCGGAAGAGAGAUGUACAGGGUGA